GUCGCCCCUCAUUCGCCAUAUUUCGUGGAGGAAUGCUGUGGAGGAGAGCGGCAUUGAGCCGGUUCAUAGCUAUCGCACUCACCCCGAGCUCUCUUUCACACCACUAAACCCAGCCAGAGAGAGAAAGACAUCAUGAACGUCUUUAGGCUGACUGGAGAUCUGUCUCAUCUAGCUGCCAUCAUCAUCCUCCUGCUCAAGAUAUGGAAGAGCAGGUCCUGCGCAGGUAUCUCUGGGAAGAGCCAGAUCCUCUUUGCCUUGGUGUUCACCACUCGGUACCUGGAUCUCCUGACAUCCUUCAUUUCUCUAUACAACACUUGCAUGAAGGUUAUCUAUGUCGGAUGUGCCUAUGCCACAGUCUACCUGAUCUACGUAAAGUUCAGGGCAACUUAUGAUGGAAACCACGACACUUUCAGAGUUGAGUUUCUUGUGGUUCCAGUGGGAGGUCUUGCCUUUCUAGUCAACCACGACUUCUCUCCUUUGGAGAUUCUGUGGACCUUUUCUAUCUACCUUGAGUCUGUGGCCAUCCUGCCUCAGCUGUUUAUGAUUAGCAAGACCGGCGAGGCCGAGACCAUCACUACCCACUAUCUGUUCUGCCUGGGGGUCUACCGCACCCUCUACCUCUUCAACUGGAUCUGGAGGUUCUACUUUGAGGGCUUCUUUGACAUGAUUGCUAUCGUGGCCGGGGUCGUCCAGACUAUUCUCUAUUGUGACUUCUUCUACCUUUACAUCACAAAAGUGCUGAAAGGAAAGAAGCUGAGUCUACCAGCCUAAGUGCCAAAGAACAGAGAG